AUGUCGAACCCGGCCGCCAAGGACUUUGGUAGCAACUCACAAGAAGAAGAUAUCUCAGAUGGUGCAAAUAGGAGAACUAAGAAGGAACACUGCCAUACCAGUAGAGACCCGCCCCAGCUUAAUGUUAAACUUCCCCGCAUGAAUGAUAUCCAAUCACCAACAAAGGAUCGGAAUCAUGCACGCCUUCCUGUCGACAUUUUGUUACUGACUGUAAAGGACUGUGAGUUCUUAGCUUGUUAUAUGCACCUAAACAAUCCAUUCAGAUGUUGGUUCGAUGGUCUAGGUUUUGUUUACUUCGAGGACGAGAAUGAAGGCCAAGAAGAGAAAGUAGCAGUUGCUUUAUUGCGAUGUCAUGAAGGUUCUAGUGGUCCGGGAGGCUCCAUAGUAACUACAAAAAACGCUGUCUCAGCGCUUAUGCCCAAAGGAGUUAUGUUAGUGGGAACGUGCAGUAGCCUCCGUCCUGAGGAAACCAAAUUGGGUGAUGUUGUAAUUUCUGCCAAAUUGACAACAUAUGGAUUGAAGGUAAUGACAAGCGAUAAAGAGCUGCACAAUAAUAUAAGAACGUUUGCCAGCAAACGAUUUCUUGAUCUCAUUAAAGAUUCACCUCUUGGCUGGGAGGCUCCUUUAGAGAACUUGGAAGAUCGAGAAGUCAAAAUUCAUAGCAGCGGUGAGCUGUUGAGCGUUCCAGAAGUAAUCAGGACAGAAUCGCGGUGCAAACAGUUGGCUGAAACUUUUCCCCUGGCAGUGGCCGUUGACACGGAAGCCGAAGGUAAUGAAAUCCCGGACGGGGGGGGGGGGGGGGGAAGGGGGCGCUGGGGUGUUAUAGCUAAAAAAAGAAAAAAAUCAGUCGCCCUUAGCAACGCGUCCUUUUUAAUUCCCUUAGGGGCAGGUUUAAAAACGAGCACGAGAUUUAACCAGCGCGCAAGCAAACUUGAUUGAAAUGGCAAUGCGAUUGUCGCCCUCUAAGAUUGUCGCUUCAUCCAAGGCGAUCGUCGCGACUUCGAUUUUGUCGAAAACACCUAGACAGAGGCUCACCUUUUCGAUAAUCUGUUCAACCUUCUAGGUUUUUAAAAAUUUACAAGUUUUGAGAACGCACCUUUCAAUCUGAUAUCCUGCCACUUAUUUCAUUUCUCAGCUAUACUCAAUGGCCCCAUUUAUGAGUGGUGCCGCUGUUUCUGUUGCAGGACUUUACACAGCUGCAUUUGA